AUGUCCCCGCAAACACCAUGGUGGAAGAACGCUAGCAUCUACCAAAUCUAUCCUGCUAGCUAUAAAGACUCCAACGGAGAUGGCAUCGGCGAUCUACCCGGAACCAUCGCUAAGCUCGACUACAUCCAGUCGCUGGGCGUCGACGCCAUCUGGCUGUGCCCCAUGUAUGACAGCCCGCAAUACGACAUGGGGUAUGACAUUUCCAACUACGAAGACGUCUACGCCCCCUAUGGUACAGUCGCCGAUGUUGAGACACUGAUUGCAGCUUGUCACGAUCGCGGUAUGCGCAUCCUGCUCGACUUGGUCAUCAAUCAUACCUCACAUGAGCAUGCCUGGUUCAAGGAGUCGCGAGUCUCCAAGAAUAGCCCAAAGCGUGACUGGUACAUCUGGCGGCCUGCUCGAUAUGAGAGUGGAGCACGUAUUCCACCUAAUAAUUGGAGCAGUAUCUUUGGUGGAAGCGCUUGGGAAUGGGAUGAGGACUCACAGGAGUACUAUCUGCACCUAUUUGCCGUGCAACAGCCGGACCUCAACUGGGAGAAUGCAGAGACUCGAGCGGCUGUGUAUGAAUCUGCGAUGGAGUUUUGGCUGCGCAAGGGCAUUGAUGGUUUCCGUGUUGACACGGUGAACAUGUAUAGCAAGGACCAGUCCUUCUGCGAUGCACCUGUCGUCGACCCGGAACACGAGUGGCAACCAGCCUGGUCGCUAUUCUGCAAUGGGCCGCGAAUUCACGAAUUUCUGCGCGAGAUGGGUCAGAUUCUGCUCAAAUAUAAUGCCGUGACAGUGGGCGAGCUGCCAAAUACCCGGCAUUUCGCGGAUGUGCUGGAGUACGUUUCGGCCAAGGAGCAGCAGUUGAGCAUGGUGUUCCAAUUUGAUAUCGUAGAUAUCGGUCAAGGCACUGGCCUGCGUUUCAAUACGGUUCCACGCGACUGGACUUUGUCGGACCUGCGCGAGCGUAUUGCACGCACACAGAAGCUCUCGGAUGGCACGACCGACGGCUGGAGCACAACCUUCCUCGAGAACCACGACCAGGCACGUUGCAUUUCGCGUUGGGGCAGCGAGAAGACACCCGAGCUGUGGCAGCGCAGCGCCAAAAUGCUGGCCAUGCUGGUUGUCAGUCUUUCGGGGACUCUGUACAUCUACCAAGGCCAGGAAGUUGGCAUGGUCAAUGCCCCGACCGAAUGGGACAUUUCCGAAUACAAAGAUCUCGAUAGCAUCAACUACUAUGAGUUUGUGAAGAAGAAGACGGGCAACAACCCCGUUGCACUUGCAAAGGCAAAGGCAGCGCUGGCUCACCUGGCGCGCGAUCAUGCCCGCCUGCCCAUGCAGUGGGAUGCCUCGCCCAACGCUGGCUUUACCAGCGAGACAGCAAAGCCCUGGAUGCGCGUUCAUGACAAUUAUCCAACAUUGAAUGUGAAGCGGCAAGAUCUAGACCCAACUUCGGUGUUGAAUUUCUGGCGCACGUUGCUGCGUGUGCGCCAUGAGAACAUGAAGUUGUUCGCACAGGGUGUGUUUACCGACACCGAUCCCUCAAACGAGGCGGUUUUCAUCUAUGAAAAGGGCUCCGAUGAUGGGAAGCUCAUUGUUGCGCUCAACUUUACUGGAGAGAAACAGUCGGUGAAUUUGGCGGGUCACUUGGGUGGUGCAUCGUACAAGAUACUGGUCAAUAACUACGAGGAAGAGCCACUUGAUGCGUUGCAGGCAUACGAGGGCCGCAUCUAUUUUGUGGAGAAAUAA